AUGAGCCGCAGCCCGCCGCGAGCCCUGCCCCCGGGCGCGCCCCCCCGGUUGCUCCCGGCUGCGCCUGCCGCCGCGCCGCGCGCCCUGCUCCCGCCGUGGCCCAGGCGCCCGGGCCGUCGCUGGCCCGCGUCCCCGCUCGGAAUGAAGGUGUUCCGCAGGAAGGCGCUGGUGCUGUGCGCGGGCUAUGCGCUGCUGCUGGUGCUCACCAUGCUCAACCUCCUGGACUACAAGUGGCACAAGGAGCCGCUGCAGCAAUGCAGCCCCGACGGGCCGCUCGGUGCCGCGGCGGGGGCGGCUGGGGGCGGCUGGGCGCGCCCGGGGCCGCCUCCGGCUGUGCGGCCCCGCGCACACACCCGCUUGGACCCUCGUACUCCGUAUCGCCCUCCUGCCGCCGCAGGCGUCGGUGUGGCCCCAGCCGCCGCCGCAGCAGCAGGCAGCGGGGCCGUGGCCCCUCCUCGCAAUGGCACUCGGGGCACCGGGGGUAGCGGAGAAAAGAGGCAGUUGGUGUAUGUGUUCACCACGUGGCGCUCGGGCUCGUCUUUCUUUGGUGAGCUCUUCAACCAGAACCCCGAGGUGUUCUUUCUCUACGAGCCAGUGUGGCAUGUGUGGCAAAAACUGUACCCAGGGGACGCUGUUUCUCUGCAAGGGGCUGCGCGGGACAUGCUGAGCGCUCUCUAUCGCUGCGACCUCUCGGUCUUCCAGCUGUACAGCCCUGCGGGUAGCGGGGGGCGCAACCUCACCACGCUGGGCAUUUUCGGGGCAGCCACCAACAAGGUGGUGUGCUCCUCGCCGCUGUGCCCCGCCUACCGCAAGGAGGUCGUGGGGCUGGUGGAUGACCGCGUGUGCAAGAAGUGCCCGCCGCAGCGCCUGGCACGCUUUGAGGAGGAGUGCCGAAAGUACCGCACGCUGGUCAUCAAGGGCGUGCGUGUCUUCGACGUGGCCGUGUUGGCGCCCCUGCUGCGCGACCCGGCCCUGGACCUCAAGGUCAUCCACCUAGUGCGCGAUCCGCGUGCUGUGGCCAGCUCACGCAUCCGCUCGCGCCACGGGCUUAUCCGCGAGAGUCUUCAGGUGGUGCGCAGCCGGGACCCGCGAGCCCACCGCAUGCCCUUCCUGGAGGCCGCUGGCCACAAGCUGGGCGUCAAGAAGGAGGGCGUGGGCGGCCCGGCGGACUACCACGCGCUUGGCGCUAUGGAGGUCAUCUGCAACAGCAUGGCCAAGACACUCCAGACGGCCCUGCAGCCCCCUGACUGGCUGCAAGGCCACUACCUGGUCGUGCGGUACGAGGACCUGGUGGGAGACCCCGUCAAGACCCUACGGAGGGUGUACGACUUUGUGGGGCUGCUGGUGAGCCCCGAAAUGGAACAGUUUGCCCUCAACAUGACCAGCGGCUCAGGCUCCUCCUCUAAGCCUUUCGUAGUGUCCGCGCGGAAUGCCACGCAGGCCGCCAACGCCUGGCGGACGGCCCUCACCUUCCAGCAGAUCAAACAGGUGGAGGAGUUUUGCUACCAGCCCAUGGCGGUGCUGGGCUAUGAGCGGGUCAAUAGCCCGGAGGAGGUCAAAGACCUCAGUAAGACCCUGCUCCGGAAGCCCCGGCUCUGAGAGCGUUUCCUGGGAGAGCAGACUCCCGGUGGAGACGCCCACAGGAGGACUGUGGUGUAUUUAAACAAAAACAGCCCAGACCCAAACUGAGGAAGCCCACAUAUUCUAUUAUAGAUAUAUAAUAUAAAUAACCACACAAGCACUUGCUGUCAAUGUUUUGAGUCAUUGAAUUUCAAGGAACAGCCACAAUAUACACACAUCUCAGCAAAGGCAAGACUUGAAAGUUCUGACCAGCUCCCCCACCCCCUCUCCCCUGCCUCUUCUCCUUUCCUUUUUCUCCCCUUUCCUACCCUCUCUCUUACCUGCCUUCCCUUUUGCAGUGGGAUGUUGAUUAAAUCAAGAUCCAGUAACUUAAAUCUUGUUUACAAAAUUUUCGUGGUAUCUGUGAACGUGUAAAAGUAAUUUGGUUGUGAGGGUUGGGGGUGGAGAAAGGGGAAGUUGUCCAGGAGCGCAGAGCUCCAUUGGAUGAUAAACCGAGGAGGCAUUCUUCUAAAAGUAGACUUGUGUAAAAAGCAAAGGUUCUAUGUGAGUAUUAAUAAAAAAGAUAAUAAAUAAUAUUCUUUUUAAUAUUUGCCUCCAUUACUUUGGAUUGACCUGUGCUACUUCUCUUGUGUAGCUUCAGACAGACUUUGCUUCCCCUCCCCCCACCUCCUCUCCCCAUUCUCUUUCCUAGAAAACUGCUAGGAUGGGUGGGAACAGCUUCUGACUCCUUGAUAAGAACCUUGGAGUAGUUUUCUCACAUGUAAAUCACAGCCUGUCAGGUGAGCAGGAGUGGGGACAAACCUUCGAAUUCUAAAGGCAAACACCAAGCAGGGCGGUGGAGGGAAAAUUCACACUACUUUCCUGUUCCACUUUGAGCACAGCAAGGAAGAAGCAGCCCUUGGGGCUUUGAAGGCAUUCGGUUUUGAUUACUGUUCAGUUAAGACUGGGGAACCCUGAAGCAGAGACAUGUUUUGGUUCUGAGGUUAGUUCAGAAAAAGGACUUAAAAAAAACAAAAGGACUAUAAGUAAAAAAUUUCUGAGGAUUAAAACACAGACCACAAAAAUCAGCAUGAAUGUAUUGUUGAUGAUAGCAACAACUUCUUUGGUUAGAAAAAUAACAAGUAUAUGUGUCUGGAGUGUUCUUCUGCCUGUGACCCAGUAAAUGGAGGCAUUCAAAAAGGGAAGUUUCACCUGAGAGCUAUAAGGGCACUCACAGGCUUUUCCUUUUCUUUCUUGGUUCCCAUUCAAAUCAGUGCAAAACAGAAUGUGAAUUUGUCAUGGCUUACGUGGGAUGCCCACGAGGGUGCAUUACUUUUCCUGACUGUGUUUCCUAAAAGUAAAAUUGCAAAGAAGCUAUAACAUGUUACAGACAGCAUAAGGCUUCAGUCAAGAGCUCCUUUUAGAUACGAAAAUGAAUUCUGGGAAAGAGGAAAUGAAAAUGAAUUAUGAGUAAGUGUGUUGGAUUUUGAGAUUUGGUAUUUUCCAGGGAGAAAACCAUGCCAGUUUUCCUGCAGUGGUGAUGGUGUGCUGCUGUCCUGAGAUUUCGACUGAAGCAUUCUGUAUUACAGUACGAAGUUUUAAACCCUAAGUAAGGAAUGAGAGACAGUGUAGUUAUAUAUUUCAUUAGAGAUGGUACGAGUUUGAGAUUAUCAUGACUUUAUUUUACUAUAAUUUAUUGUGAAAUCUCUGCAGGCCAAGCUGCGUUGGCUAAACGCGGGGCAUCUGAAGGAAAAUAUGAUGAAAAAUAAUAUGUACAUGGGAAAGAUUUUAAGACAAGGUGAUUCUUAAGUAUAAUUUUCUUUACAAUGUGAAAUCUAACUACACUGUUGAGAGUUCAAGAUAAAGAAGCACAGAAGUUAGAAAAACAGAGUUGUGUUUAGCAGUGGGUUUUCUAACAUACUCUAGAAUGACUAGUUCUUAAUUUCCUAAAACACUUUGUAGUAUUGUGUUGUUUAAAUCAGACGACAGCUAUGAUACAUGGACCAUGUUUUCUAUGCUAUUUUCAUGGUAGCGCCUCUGCCCAAUUACCAUCGGCAGCAACAGAAGAUUUGUAAUAGCUUUCAUUGAAGAAUACUAAAAUUAAGUGAACAAAAUAAAUAUUGAUGUUGGACAACUAUAGGUGAAACAGGUUUAACAGGAAAUCAAGACCGCAUCAUUAAAAGGCAACCAUUCUGAAUAAAAAAACCACGGAAAAACAAACUUCAUGUGGCGUUAGAAUCAGCUCUUAUCACUUGAUCACAGUAAAAUUCAUGCUUCGUUUUUGAGUAAAGGAUUUUUUAAACAGUGGAAUUCAUUCUUCUCUCAGUAUAUCUAAGGACUUGGUGUUAAAGUAGAAUUUUGAUGUGUUUGGAUCUUGUAUCUAAAAAAAAAAAAACCAAAAAAAAAAAAACC